GUCAAGUUCAAAAGAGGAAAGGCAAAUAGUCCUGCUUCCUCACGUUAUUUCUUUGAAAUGCCAUACAGGGACUUAUAUUUCCCUACAGAGUGGGAGAUGGAACUAACAGGCUCUAUAGUGGUAGUUGCUAUUCAUUGCGUUCAUAAAAACCCUAAUGUCUGGAAAGACCCUGAGGUGUUUGAUCCUACAAGAUUUGCAGCAGAGAAUGCAUCCCAGAGGCAUCCUUUUGCAUUUAUCCCUUUUGCAGCUGGAUCAAGGAAUUGCAUCGGACAGCAAUUUGCCAUGAAUGAGAUGAAAAUAGCUAUUGCAAUGACCCUGCUUCGCUUCGAAAUCCUUCCAGAUCCUGCAAAUCUUCCUAUUCCCAUCCCCCAGAUUGUCCUGAGGUCUGAGAAUGGGAUACAUCCUUUCCUAAAGAAACUCAGAUGA